AUGACACCUCCGGUAGACAUCUCCUCCGCCAAGACGCAGAGGAAAUCUGUGUCGCACAGCUGGGAUCAGAACCUCUCUACCUCUCCCGGCGCGACCUUCCAGUCACCCCCACCAAGCUGGGCUAGAUCUUUGCCACAACGCCCUGCUCCGAAACAGCUCAAGCCAUUCAAUACUCAGGAUGUCAAGAUCCUGCUUCUUGAGAAUGUCAAUGUAGCUGGAUGCGACAUCCUCAAGGGCCAAGGAUAUCAAGUCGAGACUUACAAGUCCUCUUUGCCCGAGGACCAGCUAAUCGAGAAGAUCCGCGAUGUUCAGGUCAUCGGUAUUCGGUCGAAGACGAAGCUUUCCGAACGCGUACUCCGCGAAGCGAAGAACUUGCUAGUCAUUGGCUGCUUUUGCAUUGGCACGAAUCAAGUUGACCUCGAUUUCGCCGCGCGCAAUGGUAUUGCGGUCUUCAAUUCUCCCUUUGCAAACUCUCGCAGUGUUGCAGAACUCGUAAUAGGAGAAAUCAUUUCUCUUGCGCGGCAACUAGGCGAUCGCUCCAACGAGAUGCACCGUGGAACAUGGAACAAAGUCAGCUCCAAGUGUUGGGAGAUUCGUGGCAAAACUCUGGGUAUUGUUGGUUACGGUCAUAUUGGAUCACAGCUUUCUGUCCUGGCAGAAGCAAUGGGCAUGAGCGUGAUCUAUUAUGAUGUUGUUACUCUUAUGGCACUCGGUACUGCCCGUCAAGUUCCAACGCUGGAAAUUCUGCUCGAAGAGGCAGAUUUUGUGACGCUUCAUGUGCCCGAUCUUCCAGAAACACGAGGCAUGAUAUCCGACAGCCAGCUCGAAUGUAUGAAGGAUGGUUCUUACCUGAUCAAUGCCAGCCGUGGUAGCGUCGUUGAUAUUCCAGCAUUGGUCAGGGCCAUGCGAUCAGGAAGGGUUGCCGGCGCAGCCCUUGAUGUCUACCCUGAGGAGCCUGGCGGCAACGGAGACUACUUCACCAGUAAUCUUAGUCAAUGGGCAGAAGAUCUUCGGACUUUGAACAACAUAAUCCUGACACCACACAUUGGUGGCAGUACCGAGGAGGCUCAGAGAGCCAUUGGUGUUGAAGUGGCUGACGCACUCGUUCGUUACAUCAACCAAGGCAUCACACUGGGCAGCGUGAAUAUGCCCGAGGCUCAGCUGCGGUCGCUGACUCUUGAUGAGCCGAACCACGCCAGAGUUAUCUACAUCCAUCGCAACGUCCCGGGUGUCCUUCGAAAGGUCAACGAAAUUCUCGGGGAUCAUAAUGUGGAUAAGCAGAUCAGCGAUAGUCGCGGGGAUGUUGCUUAUCUGAUGGCGGAUAUCAGCAGCGUUCAGUACGAGCAAAUCAAGGAUAUUACGGAAAGCCUUGAAGCUCUCAGCUCUUGUAUAAUGACUCGAGUCCUCUAUUAA